AUGAUCCAUUCACAAUCUGCAGCGGCUCCAGGAGCCAACAACUCGGGUCGUCUCAAAUACGCAGAGCCCCGAGAUCUUCCUAGUUAUCCGUCUGCUGGUCUUCGUCCCGACGGUGCUGCUGCGAGUGCUGCCGCUUCUCUCGGAUGGUCUAAUCAAAAGCCCAUCGAACUCUGGAAACCCGACAAGACGUCAUCGGCAUCCGCAGCUGCCGCUUUGGCAAAGAAUUACAAGAUGGCGCCAUCGUGGGAACCAACAUCCAACUCCGACGGCCACAAAGCCGCACUUCUAGCUGUUGGCUCAGCCAACGCUGCAUUGAGCCAUACACCAAGCCAUCAAAAGACACAUGAAGGUUGGGGAAAUUCUGCUGCUACUCAAGCCGUGGGCUCUGCCACAGCUGCACUGAAUCGAGCAUCAAGCCAACAGAAAGCCCAUGAAGGAUGGGGAAACUCAGCCGCUACUCAAGCAUUCAACACAAACCGAACAAACUCUAUGCGACAGGCUAAUCUAACGUCACCCAACACUUCACUGCAAGGGCAAAAGUCUCUUGCUGCAGCGAAAGGAGCCAUGUCGACUACAAGACGACGAGCCAAAUCUACACCUUCAGCUCCAGACAGCCUUACCACAUCAUCUCCACAGCCCAAUAAACGACCCGAUGCCCUCAGCGGGGCCACCCUUGCGCAUAAGGCAAGCAUGAAGCCCAAGUCAGCAACCGGGAACGCAGGUGCUGUGCCGGUCACUACCAUGACCCGCAACAUGUUCACGUCGAACCCUCCGGUCAAACCAGAGGUGGAUGAACGACAGAAUAAUGAGCAGCUUCAUGCAUCGGCGGUUGCAAUGGCCCGAAAGAUGUACCUCUCUCAGCAAAAGAUAAUUGACGAGGCCAAAGAAAACCAAGGACGAGACUCCGAUAUAGCGCAGCCGAAACCAUACGUCAAUCUUCAAGAUGCUGCAUACAAGCAAGCCCAAGAACGAUUGGCCAAACUCGAACAAGAACACCAGAAGAACCGAGACUUCCAAUCUUACUAUGGAAAUGAUUCAGCAUCUCCAAAGCGGCGGUUCACGUUGACAAAGCUCCGCCGUCGAUCUUCCAGUGACGGCGAUAUCAACGACCGUCAACAGUCCGAGAAAAUCCGGCAACAAAUGUCACUCUUCUCCAACAAGCUGACAGAGGUUGACCAAAAAAAGCGUCAAGAUGACCGUAACGCACUGCUGGCUGCAGCGCAGCGUAACGUCAAGGCUCGACUACAGGGAAUGGAUGAAAAGGUGUAUAAUGAGACUGGUCAAGUGAAUCCUACCUUAAUGAGUGAGUGGGAGGUCAAGGCCCAUCGGAUGGCGAAUGCUAGCCACGAAGCUCGCAACGAGAACAAGGGUAAAAUUGACAUUGGAGGUGGAAAAUUCAUGGAUCCUCAUGAUGUAGACGCCAUUGCAGCCAAGAGGAUGCAGCCUAUUUUGGACGACAUCAACGAGAAGGCCGAAAUUGAGCGAGAGCGCCUUGCUACGCUCAAGAUGGAAGAGGAAGCCAAGAAAGCUGAACAGGAGAAGCAAAAGGCGCGUGAGCGUGAGGUCAGAGAAAUCAACAAGAAGCUCAAGGAUCAAGAAAAGCAGGAGCACAAGGCAAAGAAGGCCGAGGAGAAGGCUGCCAGAGCGGAGGAGAGGCGCCAAGCCAAGGAAGAGAAGCCCAAUGCCAAAGGUGACACAGCGAUUUCUGGCGAGGAAGCGGUUGACGACGGCGAAAGCACCCGAAGCGAUGAUGCUGCCUCAUCCCCUAUUACAGCAGCAGCGCCUGGUUCGACUGAACAGGAUGCACCAGCAACUAUUGACACAGAGAUGGGCAGCACCGAAAGGGGCCGAAGAAAGCCCAGUGAUGCGACAUCACCAACAUCCAAGGUCAAGGGAUGGAUCAAGAAUCGCUUCUCGCGAGGCAAGUCUCUCGGAGAGAAGGAUCGCGAAAGCCAAGGCGACAAGAGAGGAAGCUUCGUCGGUGGUGCCGCUCUGAGAGAACCUGACACCAAUCACAGUGCCACAAGUCUCGACAACCGGGCAACAAGCAUGCGAGACGUUGCACUUGCCGGCCGUGGCACAAAUGGUGAAUUGAGCGACCGUGAUAUGUUACACGAUUCACGUGGUGUGAGUCCUGUAAGUAGUGACUCGGACGAUGACGAACAAGUUCCUGCCAUUACUCCUCCCCCAGCGAUUAAGGACCCUGUCGCACGGCAAAGUCAUAGUCCCUCAAGAGACUCCAGGUUUAGAGAAAACUUGGACAAUUGA